CUAGAUGAACCAUUGUUGAACAUUUGGACGAGCCGAAUGCGGCCCUGGCAACGCAAAAACAAAUUUGUGAGAAGAGGCGAUUCUGUUCUUGAGAGGUUUCCUGCGUCUGAUCAAGUUGUAGAUAUUGGAAACUGUCAAACAGAAACAAAGUCUAUCAUUAAGAAAGUAUCAAGAAAGAACAAGGACGGAGCUGGAUCUGAUUCCGAUAAAGAAAGUGUUGCCUCUUCACAAUUUUUGGAACAACUUUUAGAGUGUGACAGACUAGAAGUUCGACAAAAUAUAGUUGGCUCACCAUUACCAAAAUGCUUCACCUCAGUUAGAAAUUUUCUUGCUGACAAUAACGUUCAGCCACUACCUCACAGUUCAAUUCAAAGAAAGACAUUUCAAGUGACUCGCCUUGCAUUUAAAUCUGCUGUUUUAGACAAGAGUCCUCAAAUACAAAACUAUCAUAGAAAUAAUGACAAAAAUCCUCUCAUAACGUAUUCAAUGACAGACUUACCAGACAAAUUAACAAAAUACAAGAUGGAUUAUUUAGUGUCAAGGGGAUAUGAAAGAGAAGAACUGAAGCGUAUCAAUGAACGGUUCAGCACUUACAUACAACAUGUACGACAGUUAAGUGAUAUCAGUAAUAAAGUUGAUUCAUCAGCAUUUCUAAAAUCCAUCAAAAUUCUAGAGGAAGAAAUUAAUAGUUUGAAAAAUCUUUAUGAAAAUGAAUUAGAUAAAUUAAGAUCAGAGAUAGAUGAUGUUAAUAAAGAAAAGAAUUCAUGUCAGUUACAAUAUAGUAAAACUGUACAUACAGCUAGUGAACUAGAAGAUAGGUUGUCAGUAGAAAUGGAUAGAAAUCGAAAAUUGAACGAUGAACUGAACAACUAUCAGAGACAAAUAGCAGGUUUAGAAUCGGAAGUAAAUGAUGCCAAAUCAGCAGCUAAUCAAUCAUUGGUCGAAAUGGACAAAUUACAACGAAAUGUAGAAAAUUUAACUAGAGAAAAUAAUACAUGGAAACAUAGGUUCGAACACGAAGAACUAGCAAGACUGGAAGAUCAAGAAAAAGUACAACAGCUAAUUCAAAAGAUUGAAUUUAAUGAUCAGGUUCACACAGAACAAGCUAGAGAACUACAAGAACGAUUGGAAAGUUCUGCUGACACCAUUCUCAAACUGGAAGCUAAAAUCCGAGACCUAGGUAAAUCUGAUACUAAUGUUAGUGAAGUUUUAAAACAAGUCCGAGAGGCCUCUGAUGUUGAACUUAGAAAAUAUCAAGUUGAAUCAGAAGAACAACAAACUAGAACUAUGUCAAUAUUGAAGAAUCAUAUGGAUCAAGACAAAGAGACUAUUAACAGAUUAUCCAGUGAUAAGAAUCAGCUACAGACUCUUGUAGGAGAAUUACAAUCUAAAAAAAGAUCGUUUGAAGGACAGAUAUCAGCAUUAGAACAACAGAAAGGAUCAUUAGAAGAUUUGGUCAAUGAAGAGAGAAGAAGAGCUGUGGAUCAAACUAAAUUACUAGAAAGUAAACUACAAGAUUUAGAAGAUGCUUUAUUUACUAAAAUACAAGAGGCCAACAGUGCCAGAGAUGCUAAUCUUCCUCUUAAAACAGAAAUAGAGACUUUAAAAGUUUUACUGGAAGAAGAGGAACGCAGAUUACGAAUACCCCUAACAAGCCCAAUGAUUUACACUACAACUGGAACUACAACAACCAAUUUUAAUACCAAUAAUUAUACUAAUGGUUUUACCCAUCCUGUCCCACCCCCCCAACCAUUUACAUCACUUUCUUCUGGUAAAUUUCCUGUUAAACCUUACUCUCCCAAACUUCUCUCGCAAUCAUUUAAUGGAAAUUUGACAUCUACUUUCCCAAAUGAUAUAUCUUAUCCAUAUCAGUCAUCCUAUGAACCUGUGGCCAAUGAUACCACUCCCUUAUUUGAUGGGGACUUCGGAUCUCCAGAAGUCCUACCCACAGAUCAGUAUUACUAUGAGACCACACCCAGCAUGAGUCGCAUGCAAUGUGGUCAAAACUCUGCCUGUGAUGUUAGACCCAUUGGACUAGUUCGUGCCAAGUCAGCCCCAGCCCAACCGCAUGGUGUUCGGCUUGUUCCAACGAGUUUAGGACAGGGGCAGGAUUAUUUUGAUGAAAUGUUUAAAGAUCUGGCUCAGGAUACACUGCAACCAAAACUACAACCUACGACAUGUCCUUUAGACCGCACCUUACCUUCAACAUAUCAUGAUUAUACUGUAGCUACAGCAAGUUCUACAGGAAAUAUAAAGAUAUUGGAAGUACAUCAAGAUGGCAAGUUUAUCCGUCUGGUAAAUGAAGGUCCAAAGGAUGUAGAAUUUGGUGGUUACAUGUUACAACAAAAUGUUGGAGGUCAUCCUAUUGCUGUGUAUAGAUUUCCACCUCGUACCAAGUUUGCUGGUAAUACUACAAUAACUGUGUGGUCUGGUAUGACUGACCCUAUUAAACAUCAACCACCAACAGAUUACGUAUGGAAAGAACAACAGAAAUGGGGAACAGGUCCAGAAUGUACAACUAUACUAUGUAAACCUAAUGGCCAGGCUGUUGCAUGGACUACCGCAGCUCAUAGAUUUACACAAAAUAAUUAUGGAAAAGGUAACGGUCAGCAGACGCCAGAACAAGCUGAAUCUUUAGGGGAAGAAGAAAAUCUGACAGAAUUGCCUCUAGAGACAAAACAAGAUCCAGUUUAUUUAAGAAGAGAAAAGCAGCAACCACCUAGUCUGGUGCCACAGAAACAUCCACAUGGAACCAGUCCUGCUGUACCUACACACCCACAUGGCACCAAUCCUGUUGUUUUUACACAUGAUAAUGGUGUUAAAUCAUACACACAGGGUGGUGUAGCUUCAUAUAGAACACCAACUAGAUCACAAUCUAGACCUGAUGUCAUUAUGGACGCCCCAGUGCAGAGAGUGGGAAGUUCUCCUGUUAGAAAAUCUGCUUCUCAACAGCAACCUACUUUAAAAGGAAAUGGAAUAUUGAAUAACAAACCAGCAGGAAAGAUCCGGUUUGGGCCCCCAUCACCAUUUUUAUUACCCCUGCAGCAAGAGUUCACACAGAGUUGUAACGGAUCACGAAAUACUACACUUGUUCACUUUACGGCUUAGGUAAACAAUGGUGAAUGUAAAACAAGCCUACCACCCAGUGCGUUCAUGCAGCCUAAAACUCGUUUUUUAACUGGAAUAGUCCAGGUUCAAUCACAGCACCACUCAGACUUUCUUCCGCCUAUGCCACGACCUCCACUGAACUCUGUGUGGUAGAAAAUCUCACUAAUUUAUAUACUGAUAAUUUGAAAACCAAACACAUUGUUUGUUAGAUUAUUUGAUGAUAUCUGUUAUUUCUAUAUACAUUCAAUUUAUUUAUAUUGUUGAAUUUGGUAGUGAAUAAAGAUUCAUGUACUGUAUAUUCAAAUUCUUUUGAAAUUUAAGAAAUUAAAAUAAAUUUGUUUUCAAAUGUUUGACAACGAACCAGUGAAUAAACCUUAUUUGUUGUAUAAAUUUUUCUCAUUUGAGGAGUUAUUAGUUGUAUUUUGUAUUUAUUAUACAUAAAAUAGACAAUUCAUAAAAUUUGAAAUGUCUUUGAUGCAUUACAUCCAAAAUAAUUAAAUUUUGCAAUGGUCAACACACGUAUUCAACAAUUAAUGAAAUAUAAUUUUUUGUACAUUGGAAUUAAUGAAAUAUAAUUUAAAACAAGUUUUGAAUUAUUUUUAUGUAUAUUUUUGUGAUUAUUUUGUUAUAUGUCUCUAAACUGUGAUAUUUUUAUUAUUAUGGUUAAGAACUUUUAAUAGUUUAUAUUUUUUUACAUACAUUUAUAAAUUUUGUUUGUGGACAAUCCCGCAUAUCGGACCGUAACUUGAGUUCGAAUUUCAUGAAAAUCUGACCAAAAUAGUGUAAAAGUAUGUAAUACCAAGGUUCUGGACCCUCUAAAGGUCACAAUUUUCAUCUGAUUUUGAUGAAACUUGAAAUGAAUGUUUAUAUCCCACAGGUUUUGGUUCCUUUCAAUAUUCGUGCAUAUCAGAUCAUACCCUCCUAAAAUAUGGCCCUUGAAUGUACGAAAAAUCGCUAUUUUUUGUGCCCCACCUUUCGAAGAAAGCGGGGGACUAUUAAAAUGUGUGUCUGUCCGUCCGUCACAUUUUUUGGGACAUAAUAACGUUCCUUCUAAUUGAGCUAGAAUGUUCAAACUUGGUGUAGGUGUUUAUUUGGUAAAUUUCUUGAUGGAGUACAAAGGAUAAGCAGAGAUAUUCAAUUUGAUUUGUUGAUGCUUUGUGACACGAGAACUUUAGUUCUAAUUAAGUGAAAGUGAUGAAGCAAUUUGAUUGGUUGAUGCUUUGGGAUACGAUAACUUUGGUUCUAAUUAGGUGACAGUGAUGAGACUUGGUGUAUAGUUUCAUCACAUCAAUAUCUUAACUAAGUUUGAUUAUGAGAGCAUUUUCAGCUCGGGCAAAGUGAUUAACAAUAUGAUUGGUAAAGACUUUAAUUCUAAUUGAGUGAUAGUGGUGAAACUUCGUGUAUAGUUUUAUUACAUCAAUACAAGGUUCGAUGCUGAGAAAUUUCUGCUUAGGCAAAGUAGAGACUUCAAUCUGAUUGGUCGAGAGUUUGGAACACAAUAACUCUCCUUCUAAUUGAGGUAGAUUGUUCAAAAUUGGUGUAGGUGUCUAUUACGUGAAUGCCUUGACAUGUGCAUGUGCAUUUUCCACUUUAUAAGCAGAGAUGAACAAUUUGAUUGGUUGAGACUUUGGAACAGGAUAACUUUGGUUCUAAUUGGGUGAGAGCGAUGAAAUUCUGAGUAUAGAUUCAUUAUAUCAAUUCAUUGACUAAGUUCGAUGAUGAGAAUUUUCUACUUGGGCUCAGUAGCGAAAUGCAAUUUGAUUGGUCAAGACUUUGGAACAUAACAAUUGAGGUAUAGAGUUCAAUGAUUAAUAUUUCCCAUUAAAGUAUAAAGCUAAGCAGAGCUAAGCUAUUUCUUUGGUCGAUGCUUUGGGACAAGAUAACUUUGAUUCCAACUGAUGGAAAGUGAUGAAACUUAGUGUAUAGUUUCACUCACUACCAGGUACUUCAAAACCUGAGUUUGAUAGUAAACAUUUUAUGCUUAGUUAGACUAAGCAUAGAUAGUCAGUUUGAUUACUUGAUACUUUUGAAAAAGAUAAAUGUACAAUUAAUUAAUGUGUCAAAUGUUUUUUGUAGGGGAUUAUGGCGGGGGACAUCAGCCUCACUGUUGGCUUGUUUAGCUUGUGGUCCCUAUCAUAUAGAGGUCACAUUUUUUAUCUAAUUUUAAAAAUCAUUUAUAUUUCAUUGCAGGGUUCGAAUUUCUUAAAAAUGGCCGCUUUUUGAAUGCAAAUUGUGUAAAAGUAUGUAAUACCAAGUUGUGGAACCUCUAGGUCACAAUUUUUUGUCCGAUUUGGAUAAAACUUGAAAUGUAUGUUUAUAUCUCAAAGAACUCAGUUCCUUUCAAUAUUCGCGCAUAUUAGACCAUAACUUCCCGGAUUAUGGACUCUGUACGUACGAAAAAUUACCUUUUUAGCUUGUGGACAUUCUAGAUGUUACAAUUUUUAUCCAAUUUUAUAAAACGUUUAAAUAUACUGUAUCACCGUUACACCACAAAGAAGGUUGCAUUCGAAUUUCGUAAAAAUCGGAGCAGAAUUGCCCAACAAAAUGUCCGCUCCUUGAAUGCAAAUUGUGUAAAAGUAUUUAAUACCAAGUUGUGGAACCUCUAGGUCACAAUUUGUCGUCCGAUUUGGAUGAAACUUGAAAUGUAUGUUUAUAUCUCAAAGAACUCAGUUCCUUUUGAUAUUCGCGCAUAUUAGACCAAAACUUCCCGAAUUAUGGAUUCUGAUUGUACGAAAAAUUACCUUUUUAGCUUGUGGACAUUCUAGAUGUUACAAUUUUUAUCCAAUUUUAUAAAACGUUUAAAUAUACUGUAUCACUGUAUCACCGUUACACCACAAAGAAGGUUGCAUUCGAAUUUCGGGAAAAUCAAAACGAAACUGCCUGACAAAAUAGCCCCUACUUGUAUGCAAAAAUAGUGUAGUACUAUCAGACUUCCUUGUUGUGUUUGUUCUCUUGGUGAUUGUAAUAUGUAACACUACAGGUUAAAUGGUUCCUACAACUUUAUUGUUAAGCUAAAAAUGUGAUUUUUCAUACAAUCACAUUAGGGGGUCAUAAUCCAGGUAGUUAUGGUCUGCUGAUAUGCGGCAAAAUUAAAAGGAACCAAGAUCUUUGGCAUAUAAACAUAUAUAGGCUAAAAUGUAAUUUAUGAGGAAAAAAAAAAAUAAAACACAACUUAUAUGUACACAUCUUUAUGUAAAAUCUAUAUUUUUGUCCUAUUUCAUACUUAUUGGUUAGAAUAAAUACCUCUCUAUAAA